AUGGCGCCUUUAAAAAUCUCGAUACCGACAGCGCAGAAUCAGACACCUGAGAACGGAAAGGCCUACACAUCGUAUACCAUCAAGAUCGAACACCCCUUCCCCCGCGCCGCAACCAGCGUUCAGAAGCGCUACUCCGACUUCUCCUCUCUCGACUCAGCCUUGCGAUCAGAAGCCGGAUGCGCGCCUCCCGCCCCUCUCCCACCAAAAUCCUGGCUCGGCGGCUUCCUAGGGAUAGGCAACACGGCAAGCUCACCCGAAGCCAUCGAGAAGCGACGAGCAGGCCUGGAGGCCUAUCUGCGGGCCAUCGAGAGCAGCGAAGACGGACGCUGGCGCAUUUGCAAGGCCUACAAAUUCUUCCUCGACCUUGGCGGCGAACAAAACGGCAGCAACGGGAAGAAAACUACUGGCUUCCCUGGUUCACAGUUUGGAAAAGACAGGGUGAGGGAUUCGUCGGACUGGCUGGAUAAACACGCUGAACUCAAAUCCAACCUCCAAGACGCGCGGAGAUGGUUGACGAAACGCGAACAAGCGACCGCAGCAACCGCGCAGCACGAGGCAGCGGCGAACGCGAAGAAGAGCCUCGUCAGAGCUUCUACGCUGAUCUCCGCGCUGGACGAAGGACUGAGCCGGCUAGGUGGUGCCAACAAACAAGGCGGUUCGGACGACUGGUCCGGCGAGAAACUAGGCGACGGCGAGAUACGCCGAAGAAAGGACAUGAUCAGUGGUCUGCGCAAAGAACGCGAUGGUCUAGAUUCCGUGCUCAACAGCAUGGCUGUCAAGGCUGCGAUAUCGGAUUCGGGCGCCGCCUCGCACAAUGCGCCGUCGACGUCUUCGGCUGCUGUCACGGAGAGCCAGAAAGCGGGUCUGUUCAAAGGCGCGGCGUCGGCCAAACCGUCGUCGUCGUCCAGUCGCAGGGUGCUGGGUGCACCGGCGCAGGAAACGGAUAAAACGCGCGAAUUGGAUAAUGAAGGUGUUUUGCAGCUGCAGAAGCAGAUUAUUGCUGCGCAGGACGAGGAUCUGGUUGAUAUAGCGACGGUGGUGAGGAGGAUGAAGGAGAUGGGUGUCACGAUUAACAAGGAGCUUGUGGAGCAGAAUGCCAUGCUUGGGUUGUUCGAGGAGGAUGUCGAGAGGGUGGAUGGAAAGAUCAAGAUUGCUAAGAAGAGGAUGGAUAAGAUCCACUGA